AUGACUUAUCCAAGCUCUCUAUCUCUUUAUAAGGAGAUACUUGACACUGCUCAUCUUAAGAAAAUCAUCGAGGUUGCUAAACUAAAGCCGACAAUUCCAACUGGAUUCCCUCAUUGUACGCCAACUGGUAAUACCAAAGAAUAUAUAUAUGAACCAUUUGAAUGGUGGACUUCUGGAUUCUUUCCAGGAAGCUUGUGGGCAGUGAAAGAACGGCUCACCAAAACUGAUGUGGUUGGUCUUGAUGAGAAUGAACUAAAUGCAUUAGCCGAGGACUGGAAAACCAGGCUAGAACCUCAUCAGUUUAACACAGAUACUCAUGACAUUGGAUUUCUUAUUAUGCCAGCGUUUUGGAGAGAAUACCAGCUAAAUCGAAGCAAGAAAGCUGGCGAGAUUAUUGUCCAAGCAGCCAAAUCGCUUAUGACCCGAUGGAGUGACACAGUCCAAGCCUUUCGCAGUUGGACAACAACCACAUCCAAGCGAUAUAACUUUGACAAUCCAGAAUCGGACUUUUUAGUCAUUAUUGAUAACAUGAUGAAUUUGGAUCUGUUAUAUGCCGCGUCUAUUAUCACUGGAGACUCAACGUACGCUGAUCAUGCCACCAAGCAUGCCGACACUACGAUGAAGAAUCAGUUCAGAGAUGAUUACUCAUCUUACCAUUUGAUUGUAUUUGAUAGUAAGACAGGCACCAAAAAGAUUGGCCUUACAUGUCAAGGUUAUAGUGACAGCAGUUGUUGGAGCCGGGGCCAGGCAUGGGCACUCUAUGGAUACGCCAGUGUAUACAAGUAUACCAAAAACCCUAAAUAUCUCGAAUUCGCUGAAAAAUUAGCUGAUUACUUCUUGUCAAGAGUCGAGAAUGGUGCUGUUUUCUGGGACUUCGACGCACCAAAGCCCUGCAUUUUGGAUAUCUCAGCAGCGAUGAUCGCAUGUUCUGGUCUUCUUUUAAUUUGCGAACUCCGGAACGAUUUGAAAUACAAAUCAAAAGUAGAUACUAUUCUUGAUUUUACCAUGUCCCAUGCUGCGACGAGCUCUGACAGUGUUGUGAUUCUCGACCAUUCUACUGUCAACAACAAUGCCACCGCCAAUCACAGAAUAUACGACUCGGGUCUUGUUUACGCAGAUUACUACUUUUUAGAAGUUGGAAACAGGUUAUUAGAUAUGAACUUACUCAAUUAG